GCGUGGAGGGAGCAGUUUGGGGAUGUGAAUGUAAUAAGUCACAUGACAACCUUCAUUCCACCCGCACCAAGUACAGAAGCAACGUGCAAGUAACUGUAAAGUUAAAGUGUCUUUGAUUGCAGCUACAGGACAUAACCCAUGAGAGGGAUCUUGGACAUUCUGGUGAAUAGCUCACUGAAAUCAAGAGAGUUGGCAGCAGUAAGGAAGACUAGCCAGAUUGCAUGGAGGACUAGAACAUACAUCCCAGGAGGUGGUGCUGAAUCUGUCUGAUCAUUGUUCUGGAUGGAGGAAGCUUCAUGAAUAUCCCCAUUCUCAACCAUGGGUGGAGCCCAGAACAUGAGUACAAGAAGCAAGCUAAAGUGUUUGCAAGUGUCUUCAGCCAAAUUGGCCUCCUCCAAAAGACCUCAACAUCAUUGGUUAGACAGUAGUUAUCAACCUGGUGCAUGCCAUAAAGCAUUAAGCAGCAGCUGAGUGCACUGGAUGCAGCAAAAGGUCUUGGAGCCAUAGUAUUCUGGUUGUAGUGCUUCAAAACCUGUGCACUAGAGCUAGCUGUUCUGCUCGCAAUGCAAGUUGAGCAUAGCUAUGACAAUGACAUCAACCUGAUGAUGGGGAGGAUUGCCCAGGUUGAUUCUAUCCAUAGACAUACAAGACAGUAGAAACUCUCAGUUGCAGAUUAAAGAUUUACAGCUGAAUGUUUGGAACAAGAUAGCAGAUCAAUUGAAGCUAUAAAGAAUGGCUAAAAAAGAAAUGGCAAAACCGCUCUUGGGAAAGGAGAGUGAAAUUCAUCAAUAUGACCUCCAGAAAAUAACUGUUGGCAUUCUGGGAACUGGAGAUUUUGCUCGCUCUUUGGCUGCACGUCUGGUCUGUUCUGGUUAUAGCGUGAUUGUAGGAAGUCGGCAUCCUAAACGCACUGCAUCUUUGUUUCCCACUGCAAAUGAAGUUACCAGUCAACGGGAAGCCAUAAGCAAGGUCAACAUUAUCUUUAUAGCAGUGUACCGUGAACAUUACAGCACAUUGAGUGAACUAAGAGAUGUACUGACUGGGAAGAUUUUGGUGGAUGUCAGUAACAACAUGCAACUGAAUGUAUAUGACGAAUCAAAUGCUGAACACCUUGCCUCUCUGUUCCCAGGGUGCACAGUUGUGAAAGCAUUUAACGUCAUCUCAGCCUGGGCUUUGCAAUUUGGUGCAAGAGAUGGAAAUAAACAGGUGCUGAUCUGCAGUGACAGCCAAGAAGCUAGAUGUAUAGUGGCUGAAAUGACACGCAAUAUGGGAUUCAUUCCUGUGGAUAUGGGCGCAUUAUCAUCUGCAAGAGAGAUUGAGAAUCUUCCACUACGCCUCUUUCCUUCAUGGAAAAUACCUGUUCUGCUAGCACUUGCCUUAUUUGUAUUUUUCUAUAUCUAUAAUUUUAUUAGAAAGGUUAUUCAUCCAUACUUAAUGAAAGGACAGAACACAUUUUAUAAAAUCCCAAUUGAUCUCGUUAAUGUCACACUACCAUGUGUUGCAUUUGUGAUGCUAUCCCUUGUUUACCUGCCAGGAGUCCUUGCAGCCAUUUUUCAGCUACGCAAUGGCACCAAGUAUAAAUGCUUUCCACGUUGGUUAGAUCAGUGGCUUCAACAAAGAAAACAGCUUGGCCUGUUGAGCUUUUUCUGUGCUACUUUGCAUGCAGUCUAUAGUCUCAGUCUUCCUAUGCGCAGAUCUGCACGUUACAAUCUCCUGAAUGACGCUUACACCCAGAUUAAAAAUGACAAAGAUAAUGCUUGGGUAGAGGAAGAAGUGUGGAGGAUGGAAAUUUAUCUUUUCUUUGGAAUUCUGGCUAUAGGCGUGCUUUCACUGCUUGCUGUGACCUCACUGCCAUCAGUGGCAGGUUCUCUGAACUGGAGAGAAUUUAGCUUUAUUCAAUCCAGGCUUGGAUACGCUGCACUGGUGAUCAGCACUCUACACACACUAACAUUUGGAUGGUGUAAAGCCUUCGAAUCAGCCCAAUACAAAUUCUACCUGCCACCUACAUUCACAAUUGCUCUCAUCGUGCCUUGCAUAGUCCUUCUGGCCAAAGUGUACCUAUUCCUUCCCUUUGUGAAUCGCAAACUGACACAGAUCAGACGUGGCUGGGAAGUUAAUCGCCAAGUGAAGUUCCAUGAAGCUGGUGACGUUAGUGACUUUUCAGAUUUCAAUGUAGAGAACACCAGCAUAGUUUGAGUACUACCUUUGCAACUGCCAUUUGUGAGAAUUUUCAAUUUCUACAAAUAAAUUGAAGCACUAAUUCUAAUUCUAUAGCGCUUUUAAAAUUUAUAAGAAAGAGAUAGGGAUGAUUGCUGCAGAAUAGUUGUCUGCUCUUAAAUAUACAGAAACAAUGAUUGUUUACUUUGUGUUUAUGCUUUAUAUAACAAGAUAAUUGUUAGUAUUUUAUUCAUUAUCUGCAUGGGUAGCGAUAUAAAGGCUUUGUCAUUUAUUGAAUAGUUUUGAGAUGGAUUGAUACUGUGGCUGUUUCUUGAGCAAGAAAACAAGAGUUUCAUUCCAAAUGCUGAAAGAAGAAUUUUCAGGAUACAAAAUAAUAUAGAAGAAAUAUACUGAUUAGUAUCUAGAUCAAUAAGUAGUUGUGAAGGCUUCUGCUUCUGUUGAUAUUCAAAUGGUGUACCCAUAAGACUAUAGAUCCUAAAUCAAUAAGAAGUCACAUAUUGUGAUUACACCCAUUUAGGAAAACAGUGCUUACUGUAAACUUUUAUAUGUCUUGCAUAGCACUCUCUUCCUCUAAGUAUUGCACUUUGUCAAACUAGGAACAGCCCACCUUAGUGUAUCCUUAACUGACUAUAAUGUUUGUAAUUAGGUUAUGCAGGUAUACGGUAUACAGAAUUAGAUAAUGUAAAGUUGACAAUUACACCACAAGAUAUUUAAUGUUGAGUCUAAUGUAAAUCAUGGCAUUGUGUUAAUUAGAACAGCUGUACAGUGUUCAAUAUAUUCUAGUGCUGGUACGACCUAAAUAAUGCCUGGAGCCAACCAUCACCAAACAUAGGGAUGUAAAGAAUUCUAAGUAUAUCUGUUGUUUAAACCACACUUGAGUAGAGAGUUUUGGUUUAGGGCACAAUUGGGAAACUGCAAUUUACAAAAAUGAAGUUAUGGUUUAAGUUUCACCCAAACUCAUCUGCCUAAUCACAAAUAUAAAACCUUGUGUGAACCAGCACGUAUGGUCAGUGCAAUCAUUUUUUUCUCUUUACAUGAAAAGAUAUUAAUUGUAUUUGAGUCACAGUAGAUUCCUUUUUUAAAAUAGUCAAAAAUGUAUUUAUCACAAAAAAGAAACACAUGGUGUCUAAGGCUCUUAUCUGUGAGUAAAUAGAUGUUAAAGCCCUGGAAACUACUUCCAAAAACUAUACAACCAUUAACAUGUUUCCUUGGAGUACACUAGUCAGUUUCUUUUUAAAUUAAUUAUUUCUUAACAUGUAAACUUCUAAAAUGUGCCUGUUUGCCAAAAGAAAAACUCAAUUUGAAGAGCCUUCUCAAAUAGCUGCAAAUAGGCACAAUUGGCAGAAGCUUGCCUUCCGCAUUAUUUCGACUGGAGAUAUGAACAGCUAUGUUGGAGAGGCAGAAUACUUUUGAAACCAGCAUGGAAGGUCUGAAUUUUGAUUUACACUUCACAAAAAUUCUGAAAUCUUUUGCACCGGUUUGGCCAACUUCAGCCAGGUUGCACUGAUAAAACCAGCAUAGACUAGCAGACAAUCUAGGCCCCUAUACAUUUAUUUUGUAAAGUGUCUGAAGUUUGUAUUCUGCAAGAUUAAAUGUAAAGAUUUUUGUUUACAUUAUGUACACUGCAACUUAAUACAUUUAUUACACUUUGUAAUUGGAUUAAAAUGUGUAUGCUAUGAAAAAUUAUAAACGUGUAUACAUGAAAUGUUCUAUCGGGAUACAGAUUUGUGGUCUAUUGGUUUUUGUACAACAUCUGCGUACCUCUUGUGUACAUUUAAAAAAAUAAUUAAACUAUAUUCACAAUUUAA